UUGAAUUGAUAGCAGCUUAAGAGAGGAUCACCUACAGACAUCGAUAAUUUCCUUAGACCUGACAACACCUAGAGCCACAGUACUUUGAAUCGAGCUUCCAAGUCUACUAAUAAUUAAACAAUCAUGAAGACAGCCGUACUAGUCCUUAUGGUGUUGGGCUUGACAUGCCUGGCAAUCAACACAGUGGUAGCUCAAGACGACGACUGCUCCAGGUCAAGCUCCAGUUCUGAAGAGGGAGACUGCGACGGCGUCAGCUCCAGCGAGUCCGUCUCAAGUUCCGAAGAGGACGACAACGACAGUGUUGAUGAGGAGGACAUCGAAUGCUCCAGGUCCAGCUCCAGUUCUGAAGAGGGGCCCUGCGACAGCUUCAGCUCCAGCGAGUCCGUCUCAAGUUCUGAGGAGGAAGACAACGACAGUGUUGAUGAGGAAGACAUCGUAGCCUAAAUUCAAUACGUGCCCCGUUUUCUUACCAAUCUAUUUCUCGACUGCAUGGAAAAAAAAAUUCAAUGUGCAAUAUAUAGACCUACACUUUUGAACCCAGAUUCAUCUUUCUUCUUUUAAAUUUGAUUUAACGGCCAAUCAAGAACAUGAACAAGAACCCAGAAUAGUAAUGUUGUUCACAAUUGUCAAGUGUUGGGAUGAAAAUGAGUGGGAAUUUUGAAAUACAAGGAGCCUGAAAGCUAAG